AGCCGGGACCUUAGGCCGGGUUUGGCCGCCUGAGUAGCUGAGAGAGCCGCUGCCCGUGGCCUCCUGGUACUAGAAGAACCAAAAUCGAGGCGGCCAGGGCACAGUGGCCUUAUUUUGAAUGGGCGCGGCCGAGCUGUUCCUUAUGUGCUUAUGUGGGGGGGCGGCGGCGGCGGCGUGAGUAACCGGCCGGAGGAUCGUGAGGGGAAGAAGGAGGGAAGCCCGGUCGAGACUUCGCCCUUCCAUUUGUCUGGUGAAAAGGAAGAAGGUAUUGUACACUACUGUCUAUUUUGGUAAUCAGCACUGUAUGGCGGGGCAUUUGACAUCCAGCUGAAAGUAAAAAGAAUCAUUCUUUUGGGAACUAGUGCAAAACAGACCUGUAGUAACUAUGAACGGCCAACUGGAUUUGAGUGGAAAGCUUAUAAUUAAAGCUCAGCUGGGUGAUGAUAUUAGGAGAAUUCCAAUUCACAAUGAGGAUAUCACCUAUGAUGAGUUGGUGCUGAUGAUGCAGAGAGUUUUCAGGGGGAAACUGCUGAGCAACGAUGAAGUUACAGUAAAAUAUAAGGAUGAAGAUGGCGAUCUUAUAACAAUCUUUGAUAGUUCAGAUCUUUCCUUUGCAAUUCAGUGCAGUAGAAUCCUGAAACUGACACUGUUUGUUAAUGGGCAGCCAAGACCGCUAGAAUCAAAUCAGGUAAAAUACCUUCGCCGAGAACUGAUAGAGCUUCGCAACAAAGUGAAUCGUUUAUUGGAUUGCUUAGAACCUCCUGCUGAGCCAGGACUUUCUACUAGUCUGCCUGAAAAUGAUGUUGCAGAGGGUAGGGAACACAAGCCUGCUAGUGCCGAUUCAACUGUCAAGCCAUCUACUCAAGUUAUAGCAGCAAGUAUGUCUGCUUUUGAUCCAUUAAAAAAUCAAGAUGAAAUCAACAAAAAUGUCUUGUCAGCAUUUGGGCUGACAGAUGAUCAGGUGUCGGGGCCACCCAGUGCCCCUGUGGAGGAACGUUCAGGAACGCCUGACAGCAUCACUUCUGCAUCCUCUGCAGCUCAUCCACCGUGUGUUCCACCACAGCAACCAUCAUAUGGAGGCUCUCAGCCCCAAACUGGUCAAAUGGAUGGCCAAAUGUAUCAACAGUAUCCACAACAGGCUGGAUAUCCUCAACAGCCACAAGCUCAACCUCAACCACAAUAUGGUGUACAAUAUCAAGCAGGCUACAGCCAACAGACUGCUCCUCAACAAGCACAGCAGUUCCAAGGAUACACUCAGCAAGCUUCCCAGGCUCCAGCUCCUGGCUUUUCUGGCCCAGCUACACAGCUGCCAGCUCAGCCUCCUCAGCAGUAUCAAACAGGCACUUAUGCUCCACAAAAUUUUACAACUCAGGCCUCCCAAUCUGCUAAUUAUAAUGUAACUCCAGCAUCGCAACCUGGAAUAGCUCCUAGCCAGCCCAGCACCUACCAGCCAAGACCUGGUUUCACCCCACCUCCCGGAACUACUAUGACUCCUCCUCCAAGUGGCCCUAAUCCUUAUGCACGCAGUCGUCCUCCAUUUGGCCAGGGCUAUACUCAGCCAGGUCCUGGUUAUCGAUAAGGAAACUAUGCUUUUAAAGAGCCCCAGGUAAAUCCAAGCAGCUGCUGAUGCUGUUCCACCUGUACAGACAAGAAGCUUCUUUAAUUGAUAUUUAAAAAAUAUUGAAAGGCAAAAUAUUGUAUGGUAUCACCUUUGCUCUUUAAUUUUCUGGGAUAAAUGACCAAAUGAAUCUUGUUUCCUGCUUUAAAUUGUAUUGGCUUUCUAGUGUAAUAUUUGUCCCAUUGGAAACACUACCUAAAUGUAUGUAAAGCAGAUGACAUUCUGGUUUGCCAUAUUAAACUGCUAGGUGAAAAUCUAGCUGACUUUCUUGAAUUGGUUUUGCUAAUAAAAUUAAGUACUAAAUUAGAUCCACUUGUUAAAAAUUAGAUAACAUAUAAAUUGUAACCUUCACAAUGCAAUUGAAUAAAAACUUUCAAAUCAUUAUUCGAUCAGUUGCAGAGAAGUCUGUUUAGUAAAUGUUAUACCUAUCUUUCUAAAGAAAACUAAGUCUCCAACUCCCCGGAUUGUGUUGAAAUAUUUUUCACAUAAGAACACAUUUGAAGCAAUUCCUGUUAUAGCAGCUGAAAAAUGCUGUAGUAAACAUUGUGUAACUUUGUUCUUUUCUUUGCGUAUAUCAGUAAAAAUGACAGAUACUUGAGUGAUGAUUAUAGCCAAGGCUUUGGCAGAAAAACUCAAGCAAAUUAAAUAAAUUAAAAUGCCUUUCGUAACA